CUUCUCAGUGCUCACACUACAAUGAUGCCAGUGUGAUUUGUUCAGGUCGCUUUGAAUCACUCAGACUGCUGAAUGGAGAGAGCCGGUGCGAUGGGAGAGUUGAGAUUUCCCUCCGUGGUGCAUGGGGCAGAGUGCUGGAUGACCAGUGGGACAUGAAUGAUGCCAGUGUGGUGUGCAGGGAGCUCGAGUGUGGAGUCGCUGAGAAAGUUUAUAACCCACCUAAGUCCGAGCAGGGAACGGGCCCUGUGGGGCUGAGAAGGGUCCAGUGUGCAGGAAAUGAGACUCAUCUGACUCUCUGUGACAACUCCAUGUCUGAGACAGCCCAGGCAAGAAUUGCUGAGGACGUCGGUGUUGUUUGCUCAGGGAGCAGGCAGAUCAGACUGGUGAAUGGGGCAGGUCGCUGUGCCGGAAGAGUGGAGAUUUAUUACAAUGGCAGCUGGGGGACAGUCUGUGAUGAUUCCUGGGAUCUGUCAGACUCCAAUGUCAUUUGCAAACAACUGGGAUGUGGACAUGCCCUCAAUGCAACUGUCUCUGCUCAUUAUGGGCAAGGAUCCGGGCAGAUCUGGCUGGAUGAUGUGAACUGCUCUGGGAAUGAAUCCGAUCUCUGGUCAUGUCCUUCCAGGAGCUGGGGCCAACACAACUGCAGACACAAAGAGGACGCAGGAGUUCUCUGCUCAGAAUUCACAGAUCUGAGGCUGGUGAGCGACCGUGACUGUGCUGGGCGGCUGGAGGUUUUCUACAAUGGGACGUGGGGCAGUGUUUGCUCCAAUCAGAUUUCUGGAGACACCCCAACAAUUGUCUGCAAACAGCUGAACUGUGGGGAUGGAGGGCAGAUUGAAAGAGACUUUGAAUAUGGAGCAGGUUCUGGUCCCACGUGGCUGGACCACGUAACAUGCAGUGAGAAGCACAGCUCCCUCUGGCAGUGCCCAUCAGAGCCCUGGGAUGCAAAGUCAUGUGAUAAAGGAGCAAAAGAGACCCAUAUUUCUUGCACUGGAAAAAAGCAAAACCAACUCAAAACCCGUUCACCGAGUGUCCGAACUCUACGAGCUGCACAGACCAGGAGAAGUUACGCGUCGUGGGAGGAGAGGACAGAUGCUCGGGAGAGUGGAGGUUUGGUACCGAGGUUCCUGGGGAACAGUUUGUGAUGACUCCUGGGACAUGGCAGAUGCUAACGUUGUGUGUAAAUUACUGGGCUGUG